UACGAGACCGGUCCCCUCAGCGCCGAGCGGUCGUUUCCGAGGAUUUUGUUCUCCGCCGCACCGCAGACCGCGCGGAGGGCCUGGCAGUGCGCUUCCGGCCCCGGGACUUCCGGUGGCGGUGCGCUAAGUCUGAGCUACGGUGCCCGGUGGCUGCCGCCGCGUUCCUGGGGUCCUCGUGGCGGCGCCGCGGGUAAGGCGGAGGCUCCGGGGCCUUGUGUGUCCCUUUCUUUUGAGCGUGCCCGCAGCCACAGGCCUUUGUGGAGCCCGGCUAGCCCCAGCAGUGCGGGAAGUAGUCCUAAUCCCAGCCCCCCGUCAUCAUCCGGUGGCGACCUCGGCCCCCUGGCCAGCCAAAGGGACAGGGUCAGAGCAGGAGGCUCUAGGCCAGACCAGGAAGGGCGCCUGGUGGGCUGACGUGCUCGCUGCUCUCCCUGCCCAAGAUCCGGGGCGGCGCCAGGCCUCGUGAAGCCGGUGGUCUCCUCUGGCCAGCUCCCGCCCGCAGGGGCGCAAAUUCGUUGUCCGGGCACUGAUCCGUUUAUCCUCUACACCAGUUCCACCAGGCUGGCAUUUAAUCCAGUAGCAAAUGAAGGGUGUGGAGAGGAUGCCCAAACUUCAGGGUUUUGAGUUUUGGAGCCGCACCCUGGGAGGUGCCCGACAUGUGGUGGCACCCAUGGUGGAUCAGAGUGAGCUGGCUUGGAGACUGCUGAGCCGCCGCCAUGGAGCCCAGCUCUGCUACACCCCUAUGCUGCAUGCCCAGGUCUUCGUUAGAGAUGCUAACUAUCGGAAAGAGAACCUGUACUGUGAAGUAUGCCCCGAGGACAGGCCUCUCAUUGUGCAGUUCUGUGCCAAUGACCCAGAAGUGUUUGUCCAGGCGGCUCUCCUGGCACAAGAUUACUGUGAUGCCAUUGACCUGAAUUUGGGCUGCCCACAGAUGAUAGCCAAGAGAGGUCACUAUGGUGCCUUUCUGCAGGAGGAGUGGGAUCUUCUCCAGAGAAUGAUUCUGUUGGCUCAUGAGAGACUCUCUGUUCCUGUCACAUGCAAAAUCCGUGUCUUCCCAGAGAUUGACAAGACAGUGAGGUAUGCCCAGAUGCUGGAGAAGGCCGGCUGUCAGCUGCUGACUGUGCAUGGGCGCACCAAGGAGCAGAAGGGGCCCAUGGCAGGAACAGCCUCCUGGGAGCACAUCAAGGCAGUUAGGAAGGCUGUGGGAAUCCCUGUGUUUGCCAAUGGGAAUAUCCGGUGCCUGCAGGAUGUGGAGCGGUGCAUUCAGGACACGGGUGUACAAGGGGUCAUGAGUGCAGAGGGUAACCUGCACAACCCUGCCCUGUUUGAGGGCCGGAGCCCUGCUGUGUGGGAGCUGGCUGAGGAGUACCUGCAGAUUGUACAACAGCACCCUUGCCCACUCUCCUACGUCCGGGCCCAUCUCUUCAAGCUGUGGCACCACACGCUGCAGGUACAUCAGCAGCUUCGAGAGGAGCUGGCCAAAGUGAAGACCCUGGAGGGCGUGGCUGCUGUGAGCCAGGCGCUAAAGCUUCGGUGUCAGGAGGACAUGUCCAGGCAGCAAGAAGGAGUGAAGCCAGCUGGCGACUUACCUGCUUUCCACUGGAUCUGCCAGCCCUACAUCCGGCCAGGGCCGAAGGAAGGGAGCAAGGGGAACGGCGGUGGUCGCAGUAAGCGGGCUCUGGAGGAAGAAGAGGGCAGCAUGGAUGGCUUGUCCAAGAAUAAGCUGAAGAAACAGCUGAGGAACCCUCACAAAACCUUCGACCCUUCCCUGAAACCCAAAUAUGCCAAGUGUGACCAGUGUGGAAAUCCAAAGGGCAACAGAUGUGUGUUUAACCUGUGCCGUGGCUGCUGCAAGAAGCGAGCAUUCAGAGAGACAGCAGAUUGCCCAGGUCAUGGAUUGCUUUUUAAGACGAAAUUAGAGAAGUCCCUGGCCUGGAAAGAGACCCAGCCUGGGCUGCAGGAUCAGCAGGUGAGGCCUGGAACACCAGGUGGUUUCUCAGAAGUCAUGGGUAGUGCCCUAGCCUGAAAGUCAACAAGAGCCAUCUCCACCCCAGGACAGCUACUGAAGCCUAGACAUUCUUAAGGACAUGCCUUUACUCAGGGAAUCUCCUAUUUGACACAGAAGGACAUGUUGGUGUCCUCAGGCAGGGGCCUGGCAGUGUUGCACCAAGGGUACCUUGGCUGAACUCACCCUGUUCCUACAACUUGUGUUUCCAGCAUUGAACAAUAAACCAUUUCAGA